UAACAGAGGACGGGUAGAGAGAGUGCCACAGUCUGACUGCAAGCAUCGAUAGGAAGAGCGCCAUAUUUCCAUCAUUUCCAAUGAAUUAUCAUCACAUUCCUUCGACUGCCAACUGACAACCUGAUUUGAGGGUCUCUAUCGGAACACAGGGACUUCUUCCUUACGGGCUGUGGUCGGGACUACUUCACACUGCCAGGUAGAUCACCUUAAAGCCAUGGCGCAGACAAACAGUUACGACCAGAGCAGCAAUGGAGUGGCUGAUGAACCCCCCAACAUGCUGGUGUACAGAAAGAUGGAAGAGGUCAUAGCUCAUAUGCAAGAUGAGAAAAAUGGAAUUCCUAUCCGCACAGUCAAGAGUUUUUUAUCCAAGAUCCCAAGUGUUUUUUCAGGUUCUGAAAUUGUACAGUGGAUGAUCAAAAACCUAAACAUUGAUGAUCAAGUAGAGGCGCUCCAUCUUGGCACUCUGAUGGCAGCCCACGGCUACUUCUUCCCCAUCUCAGACCAUGUGCUCACUCUGAAGGACGAUGGAACCUUCUACAGGUUUCAGACUCCCUAUUUCUGGCCAUCCAACUGUUGGGAACCUGAGAACACAGACUAUGCUGUUUACCUCUGCAAAAGAACAAUGCAAAACAAAGCCCGCCUGGAGCUGGCUGACUACGAAGCUGAGACCUUAGCCAGACUACAGAGAGCCUUCGCCAGGAAAUGGGAGUUUAUAUUUAUGCAAGCUGAAGCACAAGCAAAAGUUGACAAGAAAAGAGACAAAAUUGAGAGGAAGAUUCUGGACAGUCAAGAGAGAGCUUUCUGGGACGUGCACAGACCAGUGCCUGGAUGCGUGAACACAACAGAAGCUGACAUCAAGAAGUCAUCAAGGAUGAAGCAGCCUCAUAAAACAAAAAAGUCUGUGUACGGCCCCCAGAAUGACAUUCGGAGCCACAGCCCCACCCACACCCCCGCUCCAGAGGUCAAAGAUCCCACAGAGGAGGAGAUACGUGACCAGAUUCAAUACUGGCAAGCCCAACUAGACAGGCAUCGGUUAAAAAUGUCCAAGGUGGCAGAAAGCUUGCUGAGCUACACAGAGCAGUAUAUGGAGUAUGACCCCUUCUUCACCUCCUCGGAGCCGUCUAACCCCUGGGUCUCUGACGACACCACCGUCUGGGAACUGGAGGCCAGUAAGGAGCCAGGCCAGCAGAGAGUGAAGAGGUGGGGCUUUGGGAUUAACGAGGUGUUGAAGGAUCCUGUUGGGAGAGAACAGUUCCUGAAGUUCCUGGAGUCAGAGUUCAGCUCAGAGAACCUCAGGUUCUGGCUGGCGGUUCAGGAGGUGAAGAAGAGGCCGAUCCGGGAGGUCCCUACCAGGGUCCAGGAGAUCUGGCAGGAGUUCUUGGCCCCAGGGGCCCCCAGUGCCAUUAACGUUGACUCCAAGAGCUACGCCAAGACCACACAGAACGUCAAGGACCCCGGACGAUAUGCCUUCGAGGACGCACAGGAGCACAUCUACAAGCUGAUGAAGAGUGAUUCCUACAGCCGCUUCCUCCGCUCCAAUGCCUACCAGGAGCUGCUACAGGCCAAGAAAAAGAAAAGUAAGAACUUAUUCUGAGGAAUUCCACGUCCAGGUCAAAUCAUUUUGAUGGAAUCAUCCUGAAACAAUGUAAUGUUUUAGCCAGGGAGAGAGAGGAGAGAGCACCGGAUCAUUUUGUACAUUAAUAUAGUCUACCAUCUGUCGUGUCCGGCUGGAGGAUCCACUGCUCCGCAGACAGGAUCCACUGCUCCACAGACAGGAUCCACUGCUCCGCAGACAGGAGGUCUGAUGUUGAGGAGUUGGUUUCCCCAUCUUUUCAUUUCAUUCUGUUCCGUCCCCCCCUGCUGUACAAAGUGGGAGCGCGGGCCUCUUGGACUUCUUGAUAGACAUUCAAGUGAACUCACAAAUGCCUGGUCCUCUAUGAUCGUGGCUUUAGUUCCAGAUCAACUCCGUCACAAGCUGGGAAUAACGUGUCAAACGUGUCAAACCAAGAAAACAUCUUCUGCCUAGGAACGUGUAAGUCCUAUUGGGUCGCCUUCGUCAUUGACUGCCGUUCUAAGGAAGCAGCACUAAAGAGUCCGUAUGCGUCCUAAUGUUAUAUCACAGUUUGAUUAGCCUUUUAUUGCACUAUGGCACUUAGCAGCACUGAGAUCAGAGUUUUAUCAGCGCACCUGGAAGGAAAGUCACUGUAUAAAAGAAGGGAGAAACUGUCUUUGUGUACGUACUAAAUAGCACCCUAUUCCCUAUAUAGUGCACUACUUUUGACCAAAGCCCUAUGGGCCCUCGUCUAAAGUAGUGCACUAAAUAGGGAAUUUGGGACACACAACUUUGUCUUCUAGCGUCUUAGGGCUCGAUUCAACCCAUAGCGCUAAAGAUCUGCGCCGUAGCGUGAUUGAAAUUUAAAGGUAAUUUCCGAGUGAGCCGACAUUUGUAUUUGUAUUUUGUUAUGGAUCCCCAUUAGCUGCUGCCAAGGCAGCGUUUACCGUGAAUGCAGUCUCCGCAAACGCGGGAACAUUGUCUUUAUUUAAACGUAUAUUGCGCUGUAGCGCAGGUCUUAAGCACUACGGAUUGAAUCAAGCCCCAAACGUCUCAUUGGUUUAUUUUUCUACCAUAUUUAAAUGUUUUCCACUCACUGACUGGAUGUAUUAAAGCUUGACCCGUUACCUGUUUUUAUAUGAUUCAUAUUUCUGUAACAUUUUAUUUAUAGGGUACCUAAGUAGACGUGUUAACACAUUCAUUACCCAUAACCCAUGAAUGUGUGGGUUAUGAAAUCCAAUCAAGUGUUACCGAUAUUUCUGUCAAUGUCCCUCUGAGAGUUGGUCCCCUGAUCUCAGAUCAGUUCUCUCUUCAGAAUGGAAACAAAAACAACAUACCUGGAUUAUGUGAAGAGUGAUAUCAAGUGACAUGGAUCCAGAAAACGGAUGUUUUCGACUCUUAUCAAGAUUGAUCAGAUGUGAUUGAUCAGAUGUGAUGUCAUGUUAGUCCUCAUAUUAAUAUUAAAC